AUGAAAGUUUGCUAUAGAUCGAUUGGAAGAUAUUUAAAUAAAAGAACCUUCAAUAAUCCAAUCUAUAUAAUGACUUAUCAUUGGUUGAUUAGUAUACAAAUCUCAUUGUUAUUUGUUAACUGCUUAUGUAAUGGAUCAGAAUGGUCUUAUUCAAAUGUAUUAACUGGACCGGAAACAUGGAAUCACCACUACAGAAAUAUGUGUUCGGGUUAUUAUCAAUCACCAAUUGAUUUGAAAUCAGAUAAAUCUAUACUUGAUUUACGAUUAAAAACUGUGGUAAUUUAUCGAAACACAUCAGUUGCUGAGACUACUACAAUUACAAAUAAUGGUCACUCAGCUGAUGUUACAUUUUCACAAAACACUUGGUUUAUAUCAUUUGAUGGCUUACGUGACUUUAAAUAUGAAAUUGCAAAAAUGCAUUUUCACUGGGGUAAUACUGAUGAUCGUGGAUCUGAGCAUACUAUUGAUGGAAUUAGAUUUCCUUUAGAAGGACAUAUUGUAUCGUUUCGAAAAGAGAUGUAUUCUUCACUCCAGGAAGCUAUCGGUCGACCAGGUGGACUUGCUGUUCUUGGUAUCAUGCAUAACAUUGUUGAAUCAAUAAAAUCUGACCAAACAGUGUUCAAGGCAUAUAACAGUUUUUCUGGUGUAUUGAAUUCACAAUUCGCUCCUCCAAAUGCUUUGACAGUUGAUAAUAUGAAUUUAUCGCUAAUUCUAAGCUUCUUGAAUCCUAGUCGUUAUUUUCGCUAUUUUGGUUCACUGACAACUCCACCAUGCACAGAAAAUGUUCUUUGGACUGUUUUUAUGGAUCCAGUGCCAAUUACACGUGAACAGGUUAAUCUAUUUCGUAGUUUACCUUAUGGUCCAAAUGAAAAACAAACUACUAUGGGUGAUAAUUUUCGUCCUAUUCAACCAUUAAAUCCACCCGAUACACUUGCACCACGUUCUCUGUAUCGAGCUACAGCAUCAAGUCUUUCAUUAUUAUCUUUACCAGGUUUAUUAUCUAUCAUGUUGACCAGUCAACUUACUGUGAUAUUUUCUUAA